GUAAAAUAUAAAAAAUAUAGGUACCAAAUCGUAAUUUGCCAUUUGGAUCCAUGGAUUGAUCCAUGAAUCCACCAAUCCAAUUGGAUUUGGAUCAAAUGGAUUGGAUUUAAAUGGAUUGGAUUAAAUGGAUAAUUUGGUGGAUGGAUUGGAUUGGAUUCAUGGAUUUGGAUCCUAAUUGUCAGUACCCAUCGGAACAAAAGCAAAGGUUCGAUGAGUUUCUACUUUCCGCCGCACAAACAAGGGAGAGAAAAAAAAAACAGAAUAUAUGAGUCGAAAACCAGAGCUCCGGGCAGGCAGGUUCCAUGAGUUCUGACCCGGCUACGGAUUUAUGGUUGGGGUCUAUGAGUUUUGGUGUCGUCGCCGGCGGCGGGCUCAGAUCCCGCAGUGGUGAGACUUGGGCGUUUACCAGGAAUAGGGUAAGCCUCUGUUUAGUUUGUUUAUCAAUUAGAUCUGUCUCUCUCUCUGUUUCUGGCCUUUCUCUGUUGUAGAGUAGUAAAUCCGAUCCGACUAGGGUAAGGAAAAGAUUCGCCGAUUCCAAUUUAGUUUUGGAUUCCAGUCGGGACUCUAUAAAAAUUCAAUCUUUGAUUUAGAAAUUAAUAAAUAAAUAGCACCAGGAGGCUUACUGCCUUGUCCAGAUUAAUCCUUCCGGCCGGAAUACUAAGAAAAGGCCGAUGGCAGAAUUGAACAAUUGGUCUGAACUGCCGGAGGAGCUUCUGUGUAUGGUCAAUCAACGGUUGGUCAAGUUGAAGGAUGUUAUCCUAUUUCGUGCCGUUUGCAAGCCAUGGAGACGAAGCUUGGAUUGUAGAAAAUUUAGGCAAUCCUUGCCGUGGCUGAUGCUUCCGUAUUGCAGCGACGACGCCGUUAACAGUUCGCCGUCGGAGGAGGGAUGCAAAGCUAGCGAUAGCUGUAGGCGGUUUUUCGAUGUGGCCGAGCAUACAUUUCGUCACAUCGAGUUGCACCAAGGCCUAGACAAAACGACCUGCCGCGGCUCUGCUUUCGGCUGGGUGUUCACUCUCCAGAGGACACCGUUUAUGUUCUUAUUGAACCCUCUCACCAGAGAACAGAUCCAGCUGCCCCCCAUCACAAGGUUUCCUGAUGUGUUGAAGUACCGCCCCGAGAAAAUCGGUCAUGAAUUCUUGCGUCUCAGUGAUUCUGGCCGCAAGAUAGCGCAGGGAAAGAAGUUCUUUGAGUCUACAUUCAUAAACAAGAUGGCUCUCUCUGCCGAUCCUUGUGCGGAGAAGGACUUCGUUGUGAUGGUUAUACGCUCUCUUGACGGUCUUAGGCUAGCGUUUUGCAGACCUAGGAACGACGAAGCAUGGACGUUGGUUCCUAGCCCUAGCCCAGGGCCGAAGCGAAUUGGGUUUAGAGAUGUUGUGUUCUGGAGGGGUCAAUUCUACGCUUUGGAUGGCAGGUUCAGGGUUUUAACUUGCGAUGUUUCCAUCCCGGGGCAUCCACGACUCCACUGGUUCAUUGACCGUGAACUUAGGGGCGAAUUUCAGAAUGCCUACUUAUCGGUGAGUCCAACGGGAGACGGAUUGAUGAUGGUGGCUAGAUAUAUAAGUUUCCCGGAGGAUGAUGAUGAUGAUGGUGAUGCUGAUAUUAUUCCAGCUGAUGAUGUCGCGGAGGAUGAUGAAGCUGAUAUAGUUUGGCUCGAUGAAGACUCGGACGAUGAACACAGCAUCGACCCCGGGGUGAAUUUAGAUAGCAAGGUCCAUUACACGAUUGGGUACAAAGUUUUCAAGCUGAAGGAGGAUACAAAGGAAUGGGAGGAGAUUGGAAGCAUUGGUGAAUAUGCUCUUUUCCUCGGCUUCAGCACUUCAACUUGCGUCUCUACUCGAGAUCACCCGGAGAUCGUCCCGAAUUCUAUCUAUUUCACGGAUGAUAUGCUUGAUUACCAUUACAAGAAGGUGCUAGGAGGUUCUGACAUGGGGAUUUUCAGCCUCUCCACCGGCAGUGUCCAACCACUAUACGAUGCUAGAUCAGUUCACAGUAACCCUUCAUUCAUUUCUCCAUAUCCCGUCUGGUUCCUACCAUCCAAUGUUUAGUUGGAUCUUUCAUACUUUUUCUUUUCCAACAUUGGUAAAAGAGGUGUUCUGUUAUUGUAUGUACUCUAGUCAAGAAGGACAAUGCUCAUCAUUGAUUACACAUGGUUUUACCUCUAUUCUUGAGCCGUUUGAGAUGUUGAUUCUCGUGUUUUAAGCCGAUUUCAUGAUAGGUUGUGUGUUUAUGUCAUAUUUCAGGGCUUAGCGUUGGCAUUGAGACGAAGAAACGAGUUUCGGGUCGAACGAAGCACGUUUGGGGUGAAGUGUGCUGGAGGAGCAAAAUACCCGGCCAUGAGCAGAAAUGCCCGACCAUGUAUUAUUUGGAGCAGACCGGGGAUUUGUUGCUUCGGGCGUCUCUGAGCAGCAGAAGGGGGCUUGGGCACAGAGCGGAAAUCCCCGGUCGGGGAUUCUUGGCAUUGACCAGGGAUUUUCCCCUGUCUUCAGACGCAGCGUUUUGAAUAUACCAGGUCACCACCCAAAAUACCCGACCAGGUAUUCAGACCAGGGAUCGCGACAGACAGCUUUUUAAGGGAAAAAGGGCAAAAGACAGGGGGUUCCGAGUUUUAGAGAGAAAAAGCAAUACCUAGAGAGAGAAAGUGACGAACCUGACUCUGUAAGUGUCAUAGAUCGAUCUCCAUCACCAUUGGAGCCCAGCUUGAGCUUGGAGAAGACCUGAUUGAGUGUCAGAAGCAGAUUCUCAUCCUUAACAGUAUGGUUUCCGCAUCUGAGCUAGAUUUUCCAUCUCUCUCUAUGGAGUAACUUUCUUAUUCACCUGGGUAUGAAGAACCCUAGAUUUGUAUGUUAGGUCUGAUUGUAUGAACCCAAGUACAGAUUCUAUGAUAUGAUUAUAUUCAAUUGAGGUUUGAUUUAUUGAAUGACAUGAAUCCUGAUCAAAUUCCUGUUGAGUCUGCUUUAACCUAGAAAGAGAAUAUCUGCCUAGGUUGAUAGAGCACCCUUGAUUGAAGGUAGUGAAUUGACGACUUUAGUCGAGAAGUCAAUUCACUAUUGUACCGAAUUCACUUCGGUAGUGGAGGUUUGGUUCGUUAGGGCCUCAAUCUGUUUACUCCGGUGGAGGUUAGUCGCCUGCUGGAGACUCAGAUUGAGAGGGUCUGGAGACCUUUAGUCGAGACUUCAGACUGUUUAAGAACCUCCCGCGGUAUAACUAUCUUUGAACUUGAACUUGGUGAAUUACAAUCCGGCUUAACUGCAGUCUAGGGGGAACCAUAUCUGGGUGACCUCUCUCGACUUGAAAACAACCUUUUUACUUGCUUUGCUGCUUUGCUUGUUUGGACCUUCUCUAAAGUUUCACUGCUAAAUAAUAAGAACUCACGGAGUAGUCAUCACAUCUAGGACCCGGGUUGACAUUAAAACCCAAACCCGCUAUACUACGCUUUAAGAGGUGGUUACACAUGGCCAUUUUCUAGAGUGACAGUAGGAGCGAGUCACCCAACCUUUCUUUCUUGAUCCACCCGACCUCAAAAAUAUUCCAAUUAAUAAUUAUACAAAUUAACCAAACAAAUCAUCUUCACAAACCCUAUUCAUCCUCUCCCGUCACUCCGAUUUGCCUUGCCACAAAACCGAUCUCGCCGCCGUCCAAUACAACGUCGGAACUUCUACGCCUAACCUUUACUAAUAUCUCAAUUACACUAACUUAACCCGACCCUUCAACUUCUCGCCGCCCACUCCGCCUAAACCCCCUUCCCUGCUUCAUUUGAUUGGGAAAAUCCAUCUCAUUUCAAUUUUUUUCCUUUCUUGGCAAUGGGGUGGGUUAUAUACGAAGAAGAAGAGGGAAGAUGGGGGAGCAUUAGAAGAUCAUAAUCUAGAGGGAAAAAGAAAGGAAUCAGGAGAGGGGAAUAGAAGAAGACAAAGAGAGAGAGAGAGGAAGAUCUCGAAUCAGAUAUCAAGCAAUGCAUAAGCAAACUUGGGGCUCGACCAAGAACUCGAAUCUCACAUCGACGGGCGGCAAAGAACUCGAAUCUCGAUCGCCGCAAGGCAUAAUUGGAGGUAGAAUUGGUGGCGGUCUCCUAGACUAUCCUUCUCCCUCCGACUCCAGCCGCCCUUGUCUCUAAUUACUGGCUAAUAUUUCGGAAUGGGGAAAAAUUUUGGCUAAAAAAUAGUAUUUACCCUUAUUUUUCAUACAUAACUUCAAAAAUUAUUUUUGGGUAUUGUCUAUUUUUUAUUCAAAUCCUUUCCAGAUUCUUUUAUAUUAUCGAAACCUAUUAAAAUGCUAUUAAUUAGCCAAAUCUUUCAUAAUGCAUCAAAAUAUUAGCAAUUUUUACGUUAUCGUUAAUAAUUUUGUAACUCUUUUCUCAGUUAGAAUACUAAAAUUUUGGAAUGUUGACUUUCAUGUGUCUCUUAUAAGUCAGUAUCAUGUUGCCAAGUCAAUAUCACUAACAAAAUUGCUAACUGGAAGUUAACAUUUGACUAAUUCUUAAUAUUUCGAUAGAUUUGAAUAAUAUAAAAGAAUAUGAAAAAGAUUUGGAUAAAAAAUAGAUAUCACCAUUUAUUUUUCUUCUCCUUCCACUUAUUUUUCUUUCUUUAAUUUGGUUGAAAAAGAGAAAAACUUAAUUUAAUAAGUGGGGCAAUUUGGACAUUUUCCAUCCCCUUUAACGAUUCGUUAACGGAUUGUUAUAUGGAAGGGUACGUUCGUUACAUUCUCAUAACAUAUGUGCACGUUUGUGCAAAAAUAUAAUAGAUAAAUAUGUUUGUU